AUGGCUCGCCUGUCGAACCCCCCGAUCCUUUCGCAACUGUUGAGUGCAAGGGGUUUUGCCGAGCAGACGAGUGCGCUGCGGGCCCUCAAGAACGAUGUCGUCGGGCAUGCGCAGAAGAAGGAGAUGUGGGCUGGCUUGGGUGCCCUAGACCCCGUCGUUGAGAUUCUCAAUGCCGCCCGGUCGCCAGUCAAGGUCAACGGCAAGGACACUCGGCCCAGCGCCAGUUCUAGGUGGUUGAGCGAGGAGGAGACUCUGAGGCUCCAGGCACUCCAGCUUCUAGCGAGCUUUGCCAACGGUGGCACCGCCUUCGUCGAACCCCUCCUCGUUGCCGGUGCCCUGCCAGCUGUGUUGCACAACAUUUGCCCGAUUUCGAAUGCCCCCUUGCUCGUUACAGCCGCACUCCGCGUCGUGCUUAAUAUCAUCGAGGCCGCCGCCUUGUCACAACCGACCUCGCCAGUCGAUACGCAGGCUUUGGCCGACGCCGUCUUUGCUUCCGAACACAUCGAGUCCUUCAACAGCAUACUAUGCAGCACACCCACCGUGCCCGAGCAUCAAACACAAAUCACGUUGGUAGCCAGCAUAAUCAGCCAGCUAUGUCGGGACGAGAGGCAUCAACUCGCCAUGGCAAGCCAAGGCGUCCUCGAUUCGCUCGCAACGCGGCUGGCGAGCAUCGCCGUCGCCGAAGGGCACGUGGUUCCUUAUGCCGAAGUACUUGGCCGCGUGGACCGCAUGUCGGACUUCAUCCCGGAACCGGCACCGUCGAGCUCUAUCUUGGCCCCGGUUCUGGAGGCACUGGCUACCAUCAUCUCAGACUCUCGGUUCAGGGCUUGCAUGCUGCUGUGUUCUCCUGCAAUCAUGGCCAUUUUCCCCGCCAUGAAGUUCACACCCUCAAAGGAGGUCAGAGCUCCCUGGAAUUCUCUCGAGGUCAGUGGUCUAGGUUUUGCGCGGCAGCAAAGUCUCAGCGCCAUAGACUAUCUACUUCCUGCCGUUCCCAUCCAACAGGGUCGGGUGUCUGGUUCGCAACAAUCACACUUCCCCGCUUUGGGCUCCUCUGAGGCACGUGAGCGGGCUCGCUCAGCUGCGAGCAAGUACAGUUCUACGGCAUCCGUUUGGGAGGCUUCCCGGUUUGAGCUUUUUGGUAACGAAGGGGAGACUGAUGAGGAACAAGAGAGCCCCCUCAUCCCUUGGUUGAUUGUUAUGGUCAGAUCAAGGCAAAACUUGGAACGCUUGAUGGCCGCCAAUCUCCUCACUUCGCUCUUCCGGUCUGGAUUCGGUACCAAGUGUUUGAGAGAGACGAGCCUUGGGCUGCUGGUCGUCCCUGUGUUGAUGGCAAUGCUGGAUCAGCUCCAGGCGGCACCGCCGGUUGUCAAGUCGCCCCUUAUCGACGCGGACACGGCAUUGAAGUGGACGAUUCUGGAAAGGACGCCAGCCAUUCUCGCUCGAAUGAUAACGGACAGCGAGCCGCUCCAGAAGGCUGCUUUUGAUUGCGGGGCCGUCAAAUGCUACAGCAAGCUCCUCAAGGAUGCGUACGAGCCCAUUCCACCGUCGGCAUACGCCAAGGUCUGGUCGCCUCAGGUUGACGCAAACAUGGAGAUGGGAAACACAUCUCCUUCGUGUGCUUUAGGUCCAGGAGGCCAGCCACCACUCCUGGCCCACAGAGUAAGGAUGCGCGAAAGCGCCUUGAAGGCAAUAGGAGCACUGGCAGCAGGCAAGGAUGAGUAUCGCAAGGCUUUCGUUGAACAGGAUGUUGUCGCCCACAUUGUGCAGUCGCUCUCGCCUACACCUGGCAAGCCGUCGAAUCCCAAGGAUCGCAGUAAACCCACCGAGCCGGAUGGGCCUGUUCGUGAUGGAUCCUCACCUGAUCAUAACUCUGGGUAUGGUAGUAACCCGCUGUCGGUGUUGAUUGCAGGGUGCCACGCGGUCAGAAUGCUGUCGCGGUCUGUGAGCAUUCUCAGAACAUCCUUGGUGGACUAUGCCGUGGCCGUUCCCCUCUUCCGGUUUCUCCGGCACCCCAACGUAGAUGUCCAAAUCGCUGCCACUGCAGCGAUCUGCAAUUUGGUCACUAGUGUCAGCUCCAUGAGAGAGGUUCUGGCCGAUAGGGGUGUUAUGAAGAUUCUGUGCGAGCACGCCCACUCCCUCAACCCCGCGCUACGCCUCAAUGCGCUCUGGGCACUGAAGCAUUACGUCCAUGACGUUGACCCCGAGACCAAGAAGCAUUGUCUGGAGGAGCUUGAGUCCGGUUGGCUGGUCCAGCUGAUCUGCGACGACACAGAAGAUGAUGCGCUUUUCCUCGCGAGAUCCAAGAUGGACAAGCACACUGCAGUGGACACUGGGGACGACUUGGACGGCGACAUCGAAAUGGACCAGGCGGACCCGUUGUCUAGGUCGUGGAUAAGUUCGACGAUGCCGCCACAGGACGCUGACGGGAGGUCAUCAGCCAAACUACGGCAGGCAGAGGCCAAGCUGGCCGCCCUUCGCGAAGCUGAGAUCAACCCACUACGAAAAGCACGGAACGACGAUCUCGCCAUCCAGGAACAAGGUCUUGACUUCAUCCGGAACAUGAUAGGAACGACCAGCAAGGAGGAUGACAACGAGACAAAAACCGCGGAGAUGAUUGACUAUCUCUUCAGCGAGCUAGGACAGGACAGGUUCUUCGAUAUCCUGGCCAGGAAGUUGCAGGCCAAGGUCCUCCACCCAACGUCGAGACGGUCCACUGGGCCUGGGCGCGAAACCCGGGUGCUCUACCCACAGGCCAAGAUCAUCCAGGCUGUGGUAUACGUCCUCGUCCACAUGGCGGCCAGUGUCCCGCGUCACAAGCAACUGGUGGUUGCGCAGACUGACCUGCUCAAGCUGUUGGCGAAUCACUUCAAUAGCAAGGACAAGGAGGUGCGGGUAGCCCUCUGCCACUUGAUAACCAACCUCACAUGUCCUGGAGACGGUUCACGAACAAGCGCCCAGCGGGUGUACGAACUGAAGAAGUUGGGUUUCCUGACCAAGUUGGAAGGGUUAGAAGACGAUUGCGAACUAGAUGUGCGCGAGCGGGCCAAGGGCGCAGUGUGUCAGAUGAAGCAGAACAACAGUUACUAG